CCGGCUGAACCAACCACCAGCUCCGCCAUGCUCCAGCCGUGGGCGGAGUUCCAAGACCUCUCCGCCCUUAGGCCUCCCGCCUCCCUCUCCGAAUCGGUCUGCCGCGUCACCCAAAACCUCCGCUAUUUCCGCCGAAACUACGUCGUUUUGACCAUAAUCAUCUUCCUCCUAACCCUCCUCACCCGCCCCCACUCCCUACUCUUCUUCCUCUGCCUCUCCGCCGCCUGGAUUUACUUCGUCCUCUCCCGCGACUAUCCCCUCCACGAUCACAGAUUCGCCAUCGGAUUUCUCGGCGUCGUCACUUUGAGCGCGCUGUUCUGGAAUCACUUCUGGACGAAAUUGUUCCUUUCCUCGAUGAUCGGAGCCGCCCUCGCGCUCGUGCACGGCGUUUCGAGGCUGCCGGAAGAUUAUUCCAUCGGUAACCCUAGCGGCGGAUACCGUUACGCUACCUUUUGAGAGGUGAAUCGUUUCAGUAUUUCAAUUGGAUUAUUUGCUAUUUUAAAUUAAUGCAAGUUGCGUUUGUUCAAA